ACAACAAACCCCAUUUGAUUUCCAGUGAUGUACCAAAAACGGCUGAAGAAGGAGCGAAGAGCAAGGAAACGCCUGCAGGAGCAACUGGACCUGGAGAUCAAGAGGCGCACGCAACUCGAGGAGGCGUUGAAAGCAACGGGGGCUUCCUCCGAGCAAGUCAGAGCGAUUACCGAAAACGUGACGGUGGAGGCGCGCACGAGCUCGGAGCCACCGGAGGCGAGCCCGGUGCACUCGCAGUCGCAGCAACAGCCUUCGCAGCAACAGUCGUCCCAGCAACCCCUUCAACAGCAGCAGCAACAGGCCCAGCAGUACAGGGAGGCCCAGGUGCCGCGCCCCUCCCAACAACCCUCCACCCCCGAGAAACCGGCAUGGGGAUACGGGUUGGACCUGAUCGGGAGCCAAGCAUCCGCCUUCUGGCAGAACUACCAAGGUCAGUUGUUGGACACGCCGAUCUUCCUCUUCUCCGUUCUCGAGAAUCCCGCUCUCCCGACUUCGUCUUCGCGGUCGAGAAUCC